AUGCAGUGCUUCAUAUGCGUCACGUACAUGAUUGUACUAUGCACAGUUAAUCCUACCAAAACAAGAGAGAUAGGCAUUGGAAACAGCAAGCGUUCGCUCUUUCACGACGUUUUGCAAUCGUUCAGGAUUCACGCUCAUCUACCCGAAGACGUAAAUCAAAAUGAGGAGAACAACAUAGCUCAGAAUUAUGUCAAAUAUGUCCUUGAAAAUGACCGGCAAUUACAAGGAUACAAAGAUCUAAUGCCCAGAAGAAAUGACCGACUAGAAAUGCCACCUAUGAAAUUCCGGUACCCGAAAAGUCUUCGCGUAAAUAAAAAUGACAACAAACCAAACUUGAAACAGAUUAAAACAAAUUCGAAUAUGAUUAUGAAUAAUAAAGAUAAAUAUGUUAAUGAAAAUUCCGAUGUAAAAGGAAUGCUUGCUUUACAAAGUGAACGUGAUUCACAAAAACCACAAUACACUUCUUUAGUUAGUCCCAAACAGAAUCCACUUGGAAAUAAGGAUUCUCAAAGUGAGAGUCAAAUAGUAGUACUAACUAAUGAUUCAGAUUUCGGACAGAGCAUGAACGUAUUAAAAACCAAGGAAAAGAAAAUUGAUGAAGACAUGAUCAUGUGUGAAACAAAAGAAAAUAACUUUAAGAAAAACGCUAAGACUGACUUUAGCAAAAUUAUGCAAAUUGUCCGUAAAAUGCUAAACUAUCACUGA